AUACUUCAUCAAAAAACUUCUUUCGUAAGAUGUCCCACCAAACAAUUGAGGUUCCAAUGCAACCCUAUGCCGGAAAACUUCUCAUUAUUGAUCAGCUCGUGAUUCCCGACAGCAGCGAUGAGCCAGUGGCUGGAAAAAAGGAAAAUUCCGAGAGCAAAUUCUCAGAAAUGCCACGUCCCUCGUUCUUUGAGCCCAAGGUGAUUGAGAAGACACUGCUUAAAUAUUGCACAUUGGAGAAUAUGCCGAAGCAGUUUAAGGACGAGCUUGUGGACGGACUGCUGGCUGCUGUGGAGACCUACAUGAAGCACCUGAUAAGAAGUGCCAUCGAACUCUGCGAACAUCGAUCGGGCAACAAUCUGUACAACGAUCCACGCUGUGUGGUUCAACACAAUAUGCGAACCACCAUGAUGUUUCUCAACGAUCGUGAAGUGUCCGAUUUUGGCUGUUCUGAUGAUGAUACCAAUUACGGACAUCGCAGACGCUGGAUGAAACUGCAACGCAAUCGUAACAGCACUUCAGUGGAAAGUGAAAUACGUUUGGAGUCGACCAAUAAUACAGCUCUCUUGGCUCUGGGAGCACGCAAGCCAACUGGACUGGGAGUCUUGGGUGGACUCUUCAGUAAUUCAACAGGAAUGGGAGCAGGAGCUGGAGCUGGACUUGGAACUGGAUUGAGAGCGGGAUUGGGAGCGGGAGUUGCAGCUGCACCACAACGUUCAUUUUCUGUGCGGAUUAAGCAUGUGAAUGUCAAGGAUAUAAUACAAUUUAUGGAGGAGGAGAAGCGCUAUGCGCAGUCCAAGUUGCUCUACGAUGCCUAUUUGAUAUACAAGUUGUAGAAAGGAAGAUAGAGAAUAAAGAGAGGGAGAGGAAGAGGUAGACGUGUCUUAAAACACGCGUGUUACGAUUUCAAUUGUCGGCAGUUCAAUGAACUUCCUUUCAAAUAAAUCCCAACAAAAGCCCAAG